GUGCUAUGUGUCUGUGGCCCAAGAGUGAGUAGGAAGUUAAAGCUCGGGUGCUAUUCCAGUCUCAUCAAUGCAGCUUUCAUUCUCCUCCGCCGGACCGAGAUGGAAGUCGUACAAAAGGAGCGCUGGUACUUCAUGGUACUUGUCUUCCUCCCUUUUCUUAAAGGUAUUUGUGCAGAUACUGUCCCGGAGAUCGAGACAGUCACGAUCCACCUACAGGAGGGGAUGGUCCUGGAUUGCUUGUGCCCCUGGGAUGGAAACCUCACUAUGGUGUCAUGGACCAAAGACCCAGACACUAAUUCCAUAGCUGUGUUUCACCCGGAGUUCGGUGUAGCCACAACUUACCAUUACCGGGAGCGGAUUGAGUUCUUGAGAACCACACCUAUGGACGGAAGCAUUUCUAUGAAGAACGUUACGCACCAGGACAUUGGGGUUUAUCACUGCUCUGUCCAGACAUUUCCGCAAGGCCCCUGGAUCAGGAAUAUUCAGGUGGAGGAUUUAGAUGAGCCUCCCGAAGAAGACAAAGAGGACAGCGUUGAAGCCAUGGAGGUAGACACGUAUAUGACAGCGGAACCCAGCGGCAACCUAACGGUUGAGUGCAAGCACGACCGAAACGACACGACCGUCCAUCAGGCCGUCGUGGAGCACAUGGCGCCCGGUCAAGCGUGGGUCAUCAUCGGCAUAUGCAAGCGGGUGGAGGGCGGCGUGCUGAUUGAAGACUACAGCGACCGUGGUCAGGUCAACUGCCAAGAGAACCUGGAUGUUAGUCUGGAACUGAGUCCUGUUACGCAGGAAGAUGGCGGCGUCUACCGCUGCAGCUACAGCACGGACGCCGGCUUGCAGACCAACACCGUCUUGGUCACAGUGCCAAAAGUGUUGAAUGUCCUGUCAUUUUCAGGUGGCUUCAACUUCUCUAUGUUCAUGAUGUAUGUCUACUUGGCGAUUGCAACUGCUGGACUAAUUUUACUGACCGUCCUUCUCAUCGUCCUCUUGAGGCGCAGGAAGAAGAACAGACGAGAAAAUAGCAGGACUAAGCUGCACCCAACUUACCCUCCGAGUUGGCGGCGGUGGUGGGCGAACGAGAUUUGCGGACAAGUCUACUGA